UCCAAUAUAUCCCGGUCUAUAUGACUCUCUAUUUCAGAAUAGCGAUGGGGGUGGCUUCAUAUCCUUUGAUCCAAUUUCACUCCUCUUCAACACGCCCAAGGUAUCUAACGAGGAACACAUGCUUUUCACGUCACCGUGCUUCAUGCUUCCACGGUCCCUUGUUGACCAACCUGAAAAUCCUGGUAAAUCAGCAUGCAGUCCAGGCCUCUCCAGUCCGCUAACACCGACUCAGUCGAGCCAGCCUCUUCGUCUUUUUCAAUAUUUUCUCCCGAGGGGUUAAAAUGGCUAUGUGAUAAAGCUGGGUAUGGAACUAUCGACAUCGAGGACUUUGAUUCACCAUUGCAUCCUGAAAAUAAAUUUAUCGACGACGACCCCAUGGCGGACGCUUUUCUAACCCAGCCAUUCAUAGAAUUGCCACCAAAAAGCGUUGCUAUGCAACUUUUUAACACUUACUUCAGAGAAAUGAAUCCGUUUUGUCCCUUGUUUGAUGAGAACGAGUUUAUGUCCCGUGUUGAGUAUGAUUACCCCAUUUACCCUCAGUCAUCACCCUCUUGGUGGGCUUGUAUAAAUGCCACGAUUGCGCUUUCUUGUGCAUUCGAAACAGGGCUCUACUCAAAGGCAUGGCUUUAUUGGAAAAAUGCCACGCUCUCGCUAAAUAGCUUUUUCAUUGAACGGCCGCAAUUGUCAUCGGCACAGGCUCUUUUAGCAAUGACUGCGUAUCUCAUCGGAACAUUCAGUGCGACCCCAUCACAGACAUUUGUCUCACUUGCACUCCGCAUAUUACAUGGAUUAAACCCUGCCGAAUACGAGCGGUCACCGGCAUACCGUAGGGUUCUCGCAAUCACAUACGACCUCGAUAUCGAUAUUUCACUCCGUUCAGCAACUCCACCCACACAGCCCAUUCCCACCGUAUCCCUAAACACGCUUUUCGAUGAUCGCAUCAAUCACAAGAAUUCUAAUUCUUCUAAUAAUAACUUCGCUACCUCUUAUAUUUUCGAUCUUUUUGAUUCAUACACCGGAUUAACGACUCUGAAAAGUCAUGUGUACCGUGAGCUCUACUCCGCCACUGCUAGCGACAAAAGUGAUCCAGAAAUCAUUGCAAUUGUCGGUCAGCUCGACACACUUCUCGAAGACUGGAGGAAUGGUAUUCCCCUGGACUAUCGACCAGAGGUUGCUCGGCCCGAUGACGUUAUCCGAAGAGAUCCGCAUAUGUCCAUCUUUUACGUACAUUUCAGCUAUUACAGCUGCAUUUUGGCAAUUCACAGAAAAGCGAUCAGUCGAGCAACGUGGUCGAUGAACCUCGACCCACGUUCUUGUCGGCUUCCACCCCUUCGCUCGCCAAAUCCACGAACGUUGAUAUCUACUCAGCUAUGUGUGCAGGCUGCACGAAAGUCAAUGGAACUAGUUCAACAUCUUCCUCAACACCAUAAACUAUUCGGCGGCUCCAUUGCCUAUUGUGUGAUGUUCGCCCUCAUGAUUCUCUCCAUGCUCAUCGUGCAAGAUCCACAAGUCGCGAGAGGGAAUACAGAUAUCGAGCUGAUGCGUGCUGUGGAAAGCUUUUUCUCAGACAUCUCCAUGAUUCGUUCCGACGAAAACAUAAGUAAUUUCGUGCAAUGCUGUGCCCGAUAUCGAUCAAUCGCCGAGACAGCGAUUAAGCAGAGUCGAAAAGGAAUGUUAAGAAAAUGAGAAUGACUGUCUUUUUCAAACAUUCAGGCCAUAUUGUUGGAUAGGGGGGGUUCUUCGACAUAAUUAGAACAAAUCGAAUUCUGACAUUCUCAUCUCAAUGACACCAAUUGAUCUAUUAACGAGCUGCAUACCGAGUAAGCUGAUGAGAGCCGAUAGAUGCAUAUUUCUGCGACGAGGUCGAAGAGUCGUAAGAUAUCAUAUGAAAUAAAUUUGAGGAUUCCUCGUAUUAUCCACACUAGUGAGCCGUCGUUUCCAGACGCCGC